AGCGAGAGAGAGAGAGAGCCGAAAAGCAAUCAGAAGCAGAAAUUGAUUGGUUGAGGAAGAGUGGGGAGGAGGAUGAGUACUAUGAAGUUUUGCAGUGGAUGCAACAACAUUCUGUACCCUAUGGAAGACAGAGAUCACAAGGUCCUCCUCUAUGGCUGUCGCAAUUGCCCCCAACUGGAGAGUGCAGUAAGCAAUUGUGUAUACAGAAUCAAAAUAAACCAUGCCGGUGAGCGUGCAAAAGCAAUGUCAGAUGCAGCCUCAGAUCCAACACUCCCACGCACAAAAAAUGUGACAUGUGCUCAGUGUAGCCACUCAGAGGCUGUCUUCUUUCCGGCAACUGGUACUGGAGAAGAAGGAAUGUCAUUGUUUUUUGUUUGCUGCAAUCCAACAUGUGGCCACAGGUGGAGGGACUAAAUAUAUGUACUAUAUGAAGGGCAAUGCAUGGAUGGUUGUCAAGGGAAGACCAUAAUUGGGACCAUUUUCUCUGAUUAAAAAAAAAACACUUGUCUAGCUUUAUUUAGUCGUCCCAAAAGUUCACUUGAUCUUUGUGUUUUCUUGCACUUGCGAAAAAUUUAUUAUUAAUGCAUCCCAACCUAGCUUGUUAAUAGUUUUUGUUCUAUCAACGGAUCGUGUCUUUUCCCAAUGGACGACAAAACAUUGUGGCGCAUGCGCGCACAACGCAUCGCGACGUGACGAGGGCAUGGGCCAACACUCUGUGUUCUAACUCUUAUUUGUUCUUCGAGUAAAUUCCAUAAUUGGUC